CGGCGUUGGGGGCUCUCGUGCAGGGAGUUCGAGGCGAGCCAAGCGUUUGGUUGGUUGGUUGGUCGAUGGGGGAGACAACAACAAGCUAGACACCAUGAGGGUCCCCGAAACACUGAUUUGGGUCGCUUUUCUCAUCCAGAAGGUGGUGGGAGAGUAUGGUAUGGCCCAUUUCAGUGACAAGGGCAAGAGCAAAGGAAAGGAUUACUGCAUAUUCUUCAACUCCCAGUGGGCACAUUUACCUCAGGAUCUCAAUAAGGCAUCACGUCUCCAGAUCCAUGACUUGACAACAUCGGUCCUGUGCUCACCCUCUGAGGUCCCAGAGGGAGGCUUCCCGAACCGCAUCCCCAUGGUGAUGAGGGGGAACUGCACUUUCUAUGAAAAAGUUCGCCUGGCCCAAAUUAAUGGUGCCAAGGGCCUGCUCAUCGUCAGCAAGGACAGACUGACACCACCAGCAGGAAACAAGACUCAGUAUGAAGAGAUUGACAUUCCUGUGGCACUGCUCAGCUACUCUGAUAUGUUGGAUAUAAGCAAGACCUUUGGUAAAGGACAGCUGGUUGCCAUGUACGCACCCAAUGAGCCAGUGUUAGACUAUAACAUGGUGAUCAUCUUCUUGAUGGCAGUAGGAACGGUGGCUAUUGGAGGCUACUGGGCCGGCAGCAGAGACAGCAAGAAACGGUACAUGAAGCACAAGCGGGACGACAGUGCCGAGAAGCAAGAGGAGGAGACCGUAGACGUAACCCCGAUCAUGAUUUGUGUGUUCGUCGUCAUGUGCUGCAACAUGCUGGUGCUACUCUACUUUUUCUACGACCACCUGGCCAUUUGGGUCAUCAGGAUCUUCUGUUUGGCCUCCUCUGUUGGCCUGUACAGCUGCCUGUGGCCGUUUGUCAGGAGACUUCCUUUCUGCAAGUGCAGGAUCCCAGAGAACAACCUGCCGUACCUGAACAAGCGGCCGCAGAUCCGCAUGCUGCUGCUGUCGGUCCUCUGCAUUGGUGUCAGCAUCAUCUGGAUGGUGUUUCGCAACGAAGACCAGUGGGCGUGGGUGUUACAGGACGCCCUGGGGAUCGCCUUCUGUCUCUACAUGCUCAAAACAGUCAGGCUGCCCACAUUUAAGGCUUGCACUUUACUAAUGACCGUCCUGUUCGUCUAUGAUGUUUUCUUCGUAUUUAUUACACCUUCCUUCACAAAGAGUGGGCAAAGUAUAAUGGUGGAGGUAGCAGCUGGUCCCUCUGACUCCUCCACACAUGAAAAGCUUCCCAUGGUGCUUAAAGUGCCACGGUUAAACUCCUCCCCCCUGGCUCUUUGUGACCGCCCCUUCUCCCUGCUUGGCUUCGGAGAUAUCUUAGUACCAGGUCUGCUGGUUGUGUACUGUCACAGAUUUGACAUUUUAACACAAUCCUACAGGAUCUACUUCAUGGCCUGUACAAUCGCUUACGGCAUCGGCCUGCUGAUCACCUUCGUGGCGCUGGCCGUGAUGCAGAUGGGUCAGCCGGCGUUACUCUACCUGGUGCCUUGCACUCUGCUCACCAGCCUCAGUCUUGCGCUGUGGCGCAGGGAGUUGCCCCAGUUCUGGACUGGAAGUGGAUUUGUGCCUGCCAUAGUGCUCGCACCGAUCAACUGCACACAAACCGCCGCGCCGCCGACCAAGGAGCCCUCAGCUAAACCAGAGUCACCAACUGCAGAGGAGCAAGCCAGUCAGAGUGAAGACUCCCCCCAGGACCCGCCUCAGAAAACUCCCCCAGUGGAGAGCAAUGAAGAGGAAAAAAAACCCAACUGAAAUAACGUCUAGUACGGCACUUUUCCAUUUCACCGUGUUUACUUUGUUCAUUUUCUUUUUACAGUGUGUCCGAGUCAGUGGACAUUUCACAUAGUGAUGCUUGUUUGCACUCAGUGCCAAGUACGAAUCUGUGUUUUCUGAAUGUCGGGCUCAGCCGGGCACAGACAAACAGAAGCAGUCCCAUCCUACUAACAUACAAUCUGCACCACCCGAAAGGGGAGUGAAAAGUCAAUCUACACUACUCCAUUGAGAAAACAAUAAAUAUCUCCACUCUGCUCAGCUCUGUGCCAACCUAAAGACCCCGUCACGCCAGCAAAUAACAGUGCAAUGUAUAACUUGACCAGUAACACCAGAGCUAAAUGGCAGAUUAAAAAAAAUACCCUUCCUGAUUUUUGGUUUUCUUUACAUUUAAGAAGUGGUUUAUGGAGAAAAAAGACCUUUUAAAAGCUGAGAUCUAAACCUGAGUAAAAAAAUAUUUUUGACCUAUUAAUUAUUUAAUAAAUCGUCCAUUUAUAAUGAGCACCCUGACGUGUAACAGAUCAGAGAAAGGGGGAAAAAACUUCACAUGUGGAGGUUUUAGUUCUUCACGAUUCAAACGGCAUGUCUAGAGCAGAAAAAAAAUAAGCAAUAGUAGUAGUUGCUGUGUGGAAAUACUGGCAUCGCUAUUAAAGGAAUAGUGGUAAUGAAUUAAUUAGUUAAUUAUUAAUUAGCCGAAUGAGCCGUGAGCUGCAUGUUUUGCACCCCUGAAAACCAACUUUAAUGAACUUUAAGCAAUCAAAAAAUGUAUUUAGUGCCUGAUCAGUCUCAUACAAAUAACUCCAGGAUCCAACUAACCUGAUGGAGCGAAAAAAGAGAAAUGGUAAAAUAUUAGGUGGCAAACAGACAAUUAAAGAUUUAAAUAUUCAUUCUUGCUCCAGCUUCUCAUAUAUGUGUAAGAAACAGAGUAUAAUUGGAUUCUGAAAUGUUGAUCACACAAACAAAACUUGUAAAAUAAGGCAUCUCGAACAUUGUUUUCUGCUUUUGGACAAAAGAAAAAAUUCUAAAUAGCAAUCAGUUGUUUUUUUUAUCUAGCAGUUAAAGGUAGUGCCAGGUUCAUAAUUUGUUGGAGAAAGGCACAUUUAUUUUGUAGUUUUUGCCUCUGUGCACCACAGUGGAUCCUAAAUCGAACAAUUACUAUGCGAGUGAAGAGCAGACUUUCAAAUUUAAUUCAAGGGAUUUGACAAAAUGUUAGCAUCAACUGUUCAGGAAAUGGAGCCAUUUUUUGAUAGGGUAUUGGUGUCACCCCGCCGGGCAGGCAGUGUGGAAACAUAUCUUUGUGAACACAAUAACUUGAGAGUGAAGCGAAGCAGAAUUGUCAAAUUGAUAGCACAGUUGCAUCUAAUAAAAAUCUCAGAUGUGUUUGACCUCAAGGUGCUCCUGUUAGCGAACGAUUAUAAAAUUUUGCUCAGUCUUCAGAAUAAAGUGCUAAAACUUCUCUGAUGACAGAGAGGUCCGGAAAGAUACUCUGAUCCAGUUUGUUGCCACAGUCACCAAGCCUCGGACCCAAAUAUUUAGCUGUUCGUCUUUCUGGUGUGACCGGGCUUUAAAGGUCCUGGCUACAACCCAGCCAAGGGGAAACCGGAGCGCAACACAAAAAAAAAACAAAAAAAAAGGAAACGUAAUGCCCACGCUGCCUGCUCACAAGGAAAGACCAACGCUACCACAGGAUUGCGGUUUCACAACAACCAGAUAUUUUAUUAAUCUCCAAAGAUAGCAAGCAUCAGGGAGGGAAUGGCCAAAACAACAAACAAAACACUCUAGAAAUGAAACAGAACUGAUUUACCUAUGACAAGAAACCCAAAAGAAAAUACAGGCCUCUUACCUGUAUCACUAAGCUAAACAGGAGAAAAAGGUUUUAAAAGAAAACCCCUACAGCAACCAGAUCACCAAGGCAAAGUCUUUUUACACAAUUUACAAUCGAUACAAGACAACCAAGCUCUUCUCAUCACAGUAACUUGGUCACACAGCUCACCACUAAACACAAGACACAUGGCUAAAUGCACAGCUUGUUUGGAAAUAGAAAGUGGGCGGGGCAGCGGGUCUUGAUAGGUCCCACUAUAUAGCCAGCCUCAUUCCAUGCUUAGCCAAUUAUCCGCCUCCACCUGGAACUUACAUCAGCACAAACAACACACAGCAUCAUGACUUGGGUCAUAACACGAGAAAGCGAUGGCAGCAGCUCUGCAAGCCCAUCAGUUUUCAAGCACUUAAUUUGAAACGCACUGAGACUUAAAUCCCCUUAAAAAGCCCUUUUUGAAGCGUGUGUCCCAGAGUCAGAGCAUGAAGCAGCUGAAAACUUUCAUACCCCUUAAAAUGUGGUGCUAACCUGGUUGUUGACUGAACCAAAGCACUUUUGUUAUUUUCUCAUCAAGCCUUUGUUACAUUUUGUGUUUGCAUGCUUUUAUUUUGAUUUUAGCCCAGAUAUAUAACCCGAACUUUGUAAAUGUUGCUGAGCGCUGCAGUCUGCAUCCCCCGGGAGGCGCUCGUGUUAUAUUAAGAGUUGGGUUUUUGGCCUUACCGUGUCCACGUCUGGAGUGGGGGGGUGGGGGGAGGCUCUCUGAAAACCGUGUGCUGGACUCAAAGUGCUGCAGUUUCAUGUGUGAACUGGAGAGUAUGUGGUUCUGGUUGUUUUUAGUUUGUAUUUAAACAUUUGCACAGCAUUUUAACUCGUGAAACGGCCUGUUGUCGGCUUAUGUGUGUGUACGUGUAUGUUUAUGCAUAAUUAUAAGGGUUUAAAGAUAUGGAAACCAUGGUAACGACCUACUUGUCCCAUAUUUGUUCUGCUUUUGUUUGUCUGACCCGAGGGCAUCAUGUUGGACAGCAGCGUGCUGCGAGUGAGUCCACCCUCGGUGUCCGAAUGUGAUUGAACAGUUUUCUGGACGACAUUAUUCAUUCGCCAGGAUAGUUUGGUGUCACUCAGUGGUUUUUAAUGCCUCCAAACAGGCAUAUGUAUAAUAAAGAACCAUUGUAUUUAA